AUGGCGCCUCUAGCAACUGUGGGUAUCUUAUCCAUUGGCGACAUGGGGAUGGGAAUUGCCAAGCUCCUAAUUGCAAGGAAUUACAGAGUUGUCACGAAUCUUGAAGGUAGAAGCCAAGACACACACACUCGCGUGCAGAAGGCUUCCAUCGAAGCACUCCUAACAGAUACCUCUCUCGUCUCAGCCUCCGACUACAUUCUCUCUAUCGUGCCACCGCGCGAUGCUCUAGCAACUGCAAAACGUAUCACAACCGCCUUCAAGACUCUCCCAACCCCUAAACCUAAACCUCUCUACUAUAUCGAUCUCAACGCCAUCUCUCCCGGCACCGCCCGCUCAAUCGCAGCCCUCUUCACCACCCAAACACCCACAAUCAACUUUCUCGACGGCGGCAUAAUCGGCAGCCCCCCCUCCCUCAAAGAAACCACGUGGUCCCUCCCCUCCAUCCCCAUCUCAGGGUCACAUUCCCUAGCCUCCGCCAUCUCAGGCACCCACCUGCAAGAAUCCUUAAACAUCAAGCACAUCGGCCCCGAAGUCGGGUCUGCCAGCGGCCUAAAAUGCUGCUUUGCAAGCACAGCAAAAGGCUUCACAGCGCUAUGCAUCCAAUCCUUCACGACCGCGCAAUCGCUCGGCGUCCUGCCCAACCUGCUUGAGGAGAUGGAAGCUAGGCUUCCGAACCAGCUAAAGUCUGCGCAGCGGGGACUUACGGCUAUGCCGCCGAAGGCAUACAGAUGGGUUAAAGAGAUGGAGGAGAUUGCUAUGUGUCAUAGUGAUGAAGGAGGUUUUGAGGGCGAAGGGAAAGGGAUUUUCGAUGCUGUGGCGGAGGUGUAUAGGAGUGUCGCUGAUGAGACGGUGUUGGGAGAGGAGAAGACGGAGAGGAGGAAAAGGGGACUUACGGUGGAAGAUGUAGUGGGGUGUGUGGGCGAGGGGUUGAUGAAGAAGAGGAAGAAGGUUGAAUAG